UGCCGCUGCUCACUCAGCCACCAUGACUGACUCUGUCCCGAGCUUCCUUGAUGCGGCACUACCCCCACUGGGGUCUUCCUGAUGCAGCGCCUAGCAAGGAGAUGAAGAUGGUGUCUACCAUAGGCAGAAUCCAUGAGUUCUUGAAGCGUGAAAAUGAAACAGGGAACAUUACUCGCCAAGAGGCGGUUAGCAUGGUUCCUCCGCUGUUUCUUGACGUGCAUCCUCACCAUUACGUUCUUGACAUGUGCGCGGCCCCCGGUUCAAAGACCUUCCAACUUCUCGAGAUGCUUCAUCAGGGCGAUCCAACCAAAGUUCCCAGUGGCUUGACUACAUCAGUACGUCAGCAGGCCAUGUCAGCAGGCUACGUCAGCAGACCACGUCAGCAGGACACGUCAGCAGUGCCACAUCAGCAGCAAGGGAUACCACAUCAACAGGCCCCCGCCCGGUCUAUGCUGUUGCGAUCUCAAACAGCAGUCAUGGACCAGAGGCCCAGGGAAGCAGACGAGGCCUAUCAGGCCCRCAUGCUGGCCUGGAGUACCGAGACAAAGAAACGGGCAGAUGACGCUGCAGCAGCAGCGAAGAAGAAGGCCGAGGAUGCCGAGCAGGCACGUCUGCUGGCACUUGAACAACAGCGCCAGCAUGACGAGGCAGCAGCAAGGGCUGCCGAUGAAGAAAGGAACCAGCGUCGAGAGAAGAUAUUUAUCGGAGAGCGGGCGUUACUGACAAUGGCAGCGAAAUGGCGAACCGAAGCGGAGGAUGGCAAGUUGGAGGAUAGCGCAAACAAGAUCGCGCUCCUCCUCUCGCACCUCACAGAUCUCCUCGCAACCUGCAUUACACAGCAGGCGGAUAUCCUCGGUCUCGACACCUCGCUAGCUCACGUCCAAGACCGCCUUCAGCGGUUGGAGCGGCGACCAGUCGCCGCCGGUGACGCAAGCUCUUCCAACACUGCCGACCGCCUCAAUGCAUUGGAGAUGGACGUCGACUCACUCAAGGAUGGUGUGCAAUCACAGCAGACCGCGACGCAACAGUUGCAACAGCGGAUCUGCACUACUGCCACCACCUCGAGUUCAGAACCGCGCGAGACAACUCCAAAGUUCGACGGGCAGGAGAUCUUCUGCGACUCAAUGAAGACAGAUCCGAUUCCAUGGUUUCGCAAGUUCGAGCUCACGCUGCAGCUCCACAACGUCAAGGAACUCAAGCACCACGCAUACUUGUACUCUCGCUCAGGGGGCGUGUGUCAGGCUUGGUUGGACAACCUGUUGUCCAAGUACGGAGUGGUAGCCAACGACUUGCACACCAAGAUCAGUUGGGAUGAUCUGAAGGCGGCGUGGCACAAGCGGUUCCAGGUGGAGCCGCCGGAGAUCAAAGCCAUGGACAAGCUCAUGGUCUUCAAGCAAGGCACGCUGCUGAGGUUGCCCAUUGAAAGGCAAGGGCAGACAGGGAAACUGAGCACCGCCGAGAGUGACUCGACGACACUCUCGACGCCUUCGGAACCGGUUUCUUCGCGAGUAACCGGCCUUCAUUCCGAGGCGCACGCGGAAGUCGAUAGUCCCCCUCUUCUACUUUCUUUUGAGGACUAUGCUGCUCGGCUCGUUCCUACGCUGGGUACUCAAGCUCAAGGACAAGGAGUGUGUGCGGUUUCUUCUCCGUCCGACAACGGCGACAUAUCGUCUUCAAGUGGUUCUUCACGGGAUUCGGCACGCGAGUUCAACAUAGAGGCAUUGAACCCGCUCACGUCUGAGGACUUUGCAUGGCUUCCUCUCCCGACCACAGGCCGCUUGUCGGGACCCCAAUGCGCAGCACUUAGCGCUAAUCUUCACACUUACUUAUCCUUCUAUGCACCACCAACUUCGCCGACAGAUGACAAAGUCGCGGUGGGGGACAUCCUGGCAUAUACUACCAAGGUGGCCCGCGAGUUUCGCACGCAGCGGUACGAUGACAACAACGCACCGCUCAUGUAUGUUCGCAUUCAGGUUGGGCAAGCGUCCUGCAGCGCUUUGCUGGAUAGCGGUGCGUCUCACAACUUCAUGAGCCAGUCCUUUAUGCAAAAGGCUGGCCUUGGCACACAAGUUCGGAGGAAGGCAAACCUGACGGCGAUCAAGUUGGCGGAUGGAAAGACGCAACUUCUCGACCGUUACAUCGAGGCCGUACCGGUCUACUUCGCACCUCAUGCAUGCGAACCGGUAACAUUGGAUAUUCUCGAUACGGACUUCGACAUCAUUCUGGGAAUGCCUUGGCUUGCAAGUGCGGAUCACACGAUCAACUUCCACCGGCGGACUCUUAGCAUUCGCGACGCCUUCGGCGCGGAAGUGGCGUGUACUAUUCCUCUACCGCACCCUUCUAUCCGGUGCCAAGUGGUGACGGCCAAAUCAUUCCGGGCGACUUGCGCUUACGAGCACCCCGAGGAGAUUGGCCUAUGUUUUCUACGGACCAUCGCGGUAACCGACUCUUCACCCACGGACUUGUCUUCGGACCCCCGUGUGGUACGGUUGCUGGACGGGUUCGCCGAUAUCUUCGAGUCACCUAACGGUGUGGUGCCGGAUCGGCCGAUCUCUCACGAGAUCAUUCUUGAGGCCGGUGCCGCGCCGCCGAGAGGUUGCAUCUAUCGGAUGAGCGAGGAGGAACUUGAGGUCCUCCGCGUACAACUCGACGAUUUGUUGGCCAAGGGUUGGAUCCGCCCUAGCAGCUCCCCAUAUGGAGCACCAGUUCUCUUCGUCAGGAAAAAGAACAAGGAUCUACGAUUGUGUAUCGACUACCGCAAGCUCAACGCGCAAACCGUCAAGAAUGCGGGGCCUCUUCCUCGCAUCGACGAUCUUCUUGAGCGAUUGGGCGGCGCAAAAUAUUUUUCCAAGUUGGAUUUGAAAUCAGGAUAUCAUCAAAUCUCGAUCCAGCCAAACGACAGGCACAAGACCGCGUUCAAGACGCGGUACGGGCAUUUCGAGUGGGUGGUCAUGCCUUUUGGCCUCACCAACGCCCCGGCGACCUUUCAGGCAGCAAUGACCAAUGAAUUCCGUGCAAUGUUGGACCGGUUCGUGCUGGUCUACUUGGACGAUAUUCUCGUCUAUAGCCGGUCAUUGGAGGAUCAUCUUGGGCAUCUUCGACGAGUGUUGGAGACGCUCCGCCGCGCCAAGUACAAGGCCAACCGCGACAAGUGUGAAUUGGUCCGGCAGGAGCUGGAAUACUUGGGCCAUUUCGUCACACCGGAGGGCAUCAGUCUUAUCGGACAAGAUUCAGGCCGUCCAAGAGUGGCCGGAGCCUCGGAACGCUACUCGAAGAUCGCGGCCCACUUGAACAAGCUUCAAUGCGAGAAUCGGCCGUUUGACUUCGGAGAGGAGGCGCGGGGAUCAUUCUUCACUCUCAAAGCCGCGCUAUUGUCUGCGGAGGUCUUGCGGAUAUACGACCCGCUCUUGCCUACGCGCGUCACUACGGAUGCGUCAGGCUAUGGCAUUGGUGCAGUCCUCGAGCAACAUGACGGUGUGGACUGGCACCCGGUCGAAUACUUCAGCAAGGAAGUGCCCAUCGUGCAUUCCAUUGAUGAUGCACGCAAGAAGGAGCUCCUCGCCUUCGUCCACGCGCUCAUGCGGUGGCGGCACUUCCUCCUUGGUCGAAGCCAAUUUCGCUGGGUAACGAACAACAAUCCGUUGGUCUUUUACAAGACCCAAGACACUGUCAACAGCACCAUCGCUCGAUGGAUGGCUUUCAUCGACCAGUUCGACUUCUUUCCCGAUCACAUUCCCGGGAAGUCGAACCGUUUUGCGGAUGCUCUUUCACGGCGUCCGUAUCAUUGUACCGCGGUCUACUCAACCUUCGAGAUCGACGACGACCUGCGGAACAGUUUCAUCCGCGGCUACCAAGCCGACCCCGAGUUUCGCGACAAGAGUGUGGGAUUAGGAAACGGGAUUCACCGAGUCCAGGUGCAGAUUGCUAUGAGAGGUGUGCAACUCUUGAAGGUUGGGGGUAGGAUGGUUUACUCUACGUGCUCGUUGAACCCUGUGGAAGACGAGGCUGUCGUUGCGGAGGUGCUGAGGCGGAGUAGAGGUUGUGUGGAUCUUGUUGACACAUCGGGCUGCCUCCCUGAGCUGAAGCGACGACCUGGUCUUAGGACAUGGAAGGUUCGAGAUAAGAGGAAAUGGUACAGCUCCUACUCGCAGGUGGACAAGCACCGCGCGGGGACCAUCUUGCCGAGCAUGUUUCCUUCUGGCGCGAUUCCGGAUUCCCCCUCCCCCGAUGUGGACGGAGGGGAGGCGACAAGGACAAAUGAUGAUAUUCAUGCGCAAGAGCCGACAAGAAGAAAUGACGCAAGCGGGGAGAAUGGCUCUGCUGCAGAUGCAGCUGAGGAUGUUGGCCCUCAAAAAGAUGAAAAGAUGGACACCGGCAUCGCCUCCACUGUGCGGUCCGUGCCUGCAAAAGAAAAUGAGAACAUGGAAGACCCGCAGGAAGCGCAGGCGGAGACGAUGCAAAAGGAAGUUGAGGCGCAACAGGAGGCGGCGGAGUAUUCCGAUUUUCCCCUGGAGCGCUGCAUGAGAAUUUUGCCGCACGAUCAAGACACUGGUGGCUUCUUCAUUGCAGUGUUUGAGAAAAAAUGCGCAUUCAAAGGUCCUCCUCAGUUAUCAGGAAGGGAAGUUCGGCGAAUCGAGAGAUCAGGAGAAGGAAGGCAGUCCAGAGUGGAGGGCAUGCCAGCACUAGAGAACGGUCGUGAAGGAGACGAUGAAGCAAGUGCUGAAAAGGGAGGUGCUCUUGUAGUCGAAGACGAACCUGAUGCAAUGGGAGGAGUGGCCAGGGAAGGCUCCCAAGAGGAGGUGGAAGGCUUCUCCGAUCAGGACGGUGAAGAACGAGACGACAACGUAGAUGCGAGCAAUGCGGAAGUCGAUGACGGCAAUGACAACGAGCAAGGGUCGGCCUUAGAGAAGGGUGGAGGCGGCACAGCAAGCGUCAACACAGAGAAAGAAGAAGGCUCGUCGCAAGUGCACAUCCAGGGUAGAUGGAAGGGAGUGGACCCUGUACUGGUUCUUGACGACGAGGAUAUACUAACCAACCUUAAGGAGUUUUAUGGUAUCAAGGCGAGCUUUCCGCUGCGUGGGCAGCUCAUCACCCGCAGCGACGACUUUGAAAGAUGCAAGCGGUUGUACUUUGUCUCCAAGUCUGGACUUGGCGCUAUCUGUCUCAACCUGAAGCUUGGCGGACCAUUGAAGAUCACGUCCACGGGUCUAAAGAUAUUCGAAAGGCAGAAUCUUAAGGACAAGCAAGGAGUGUACUGUCUGUUCCGGCUUGUGUCGGAGGGAUUGCCAGUGCUGCUGGCACAUAUGACGCGUCAGAUCGUGCGCGUGUCAGCGGCCGACUUUCUGCAGCUUAUGACAAGGUACGAUAUGCCGAUCAACGAGUUUGAGGACGCUGAUGUCACGAGAACAGUAUCCACUUUCCGUGCGGGCUCUUGUGUCUUCGUGAUGAAAGAGGAAGGGGCGGGGGAUGACGACACAGCAGUUGAUGGCACCACCAUUGCCGUCGUUUGCUGGAAAGGCAAAGAUCUGGUUAGUGUCUUCGUUUCAAAAGCGGAGGGGAACGCCAUCCUUGAAAGAGUGAGGGGGUUGUCUCCAAAUUUGUCGUCGGCAUUCAAGGGUAUAUCUGUAAGCACGUCCGCACAAUUCGAUGAUGUUCAGAAGGAGAAGGCAGUGGAUGGUGAACGCACGACGCAUGCAGUUCAGGAAGAACAGCAAGAAACAAACUCAUAGAUAUGGAGGGCGAAGAAAGACACGGAUAUCGGAUACAACAUAGAAAUGGGAGUGUGUGAGAGAGACAACAGCCCCUGCCUGUUGGUCUGCGGUUAUGUGAAGCACGAAAGUCGCACGACAAACGUUGCAAGAAUAUUCAUGGAGGAACGUAAAUCAUAAAAUUUGGACGGAGGGAGCCGACGACACCCACAAGGUAGGGGACUAGUGGUGGUUUGGUAGGCGAUUGAGUCGACGGACAUCAGAUACAUCAUAGAAAUGGGAGUGUGGGAAAGAGACAACCGCCUCUGCCUGUUGGUCCGUGGUUAUGUGAAGCACAAAAGUCGGACGACGAACUUCGCAACAAUUUAUGGAGAAAUUUGGAUGGAGAGAGCUUGCGACACCCACAAGGUAGGGGACUAGUGAUGCUUUGAUAGGUGAUCGAGUAGAACAGAAAGUUUUGAUCAUGAUUGGCUCAGCACAAGUGGCGCUUCUCGAUUCGAUGUUUUGAUCGUGAUCGGCGCAGCACAAGUGGCGCCCCUCGAUUCGAUUAAAUAUUCAACCUCCAAAGGAGGGUACUCACCUUUUAGUUAAAUAUCGAGGCUUCAGCGAUUUCGAAAGCUUACCGAAAUCUGCGACCCAGCUCUGCUACCUCCACUUCUGCUCUGUGAUCUGUUAUAAUUAUUGCCAAAGCCUCAAAAGGAGGAUUGCAUGUGGGAUUACGAGGGGGGGUAAAAGGCACUUAUUUGCUAUCCUGCCCUUUCCUCCGCAACACGAACAGAAUGUGUCACGUGCUGCCGCUUGACAUCGCAUGUCAGACAUCUCUCUCUCCAAUGGACAUAUGAUUUUGCAAUGGUCCAACCCCUUGAGACUUUCCCACCCCUCCCUCAUGUGCAUAAUGCAUGUUGCUAUACUGCUCACACUUUUCUCACACCUAAGAUUAGAAGGUUGGGGUACCUCUUAACAGGUUCCCUCCAUUCUCUGAGUGAGUUAAGCAUCAUACAAUCUCCCUCCUCCUCACAAUCCCUUCUUCCGUGUAUGUGUCGACAUUCUGAAACACCUUUGAUACACUGGUUCCUACACUCUGAGUGAGUUAGCACUCUGAUUGUUCCUACACUCUGAGUGAGUUAGCACUCUGCUUUGGACCACCGUGGAUGUGAAGAACAAUCUGACGGCACAUCGUAGCAUUCACCGUGGGACGGAACCAUAGUGGAGCACCCACAUGAUGAAACACCCCUCAACACGCCCUCCCCCGAGCCUCACCUCACUCUUAAGCUGUUUUCAGACGGUCACAACGUUUUGCACAUGGUGCCCUUUCCUUUGUUAGUAUAAUAGGUAAUCUCAUGUGCUCAGAUGCCUCGGCUUUUGUGAACUAAUGUAUCUGGUACACACACACACACACACACACACACACACACACACACACACACACACACACACAGAGAGAGAGAGAGAGAGAGAGAGGUGAAGUGAUGUAUGUGGACUGUGAAAUUGUGUGCAGACCCAAGGUCGAAUCCAGAUGCAAUCAAAUGACAAGAAUAAAAUCAUUCUAAAUUA